UGCUGCAGAAUCUAACAGGAUCCUGGAAACAGCACGUAAAUAUAAAUCAUUCUGCUGGACGUUUUCUAGAUCUCUCAUGUAUGUGACAUUCUCACAGCAUCAUGAGUUUGUCUAUGUGUCUACACUUAUGAACUGGUCGAAUGCACAGAAGUACUGCAGAGAGCGUUACACUGAUCUCGCCACCACCGAUAACCAGGCGGAUCACGAUGAGCUGCUGAAAACUGGAGGAAUGGCAAAGUUUUGGCUUGGACUCUCUCGGACUAGAGUUACUGAUGUGUUUGUCUGGUCAGAUCAGAGCAGCUCCUCAUUCACAAAAUGGCAAUCUGGUCAACCGAAUGGUCAGUUGUGUGUUAAUGUUGAGGUUGGCUACUGGUUUGACCGCAACUGUGUAGACAACGUUCCCUUUGCUUGUUAUUUUGAUAGGAAGAGACAGAUCAUGAGAGUGGAAGUGAAAUCAAGUCAAAAUCUAAAUGAUCCUGCAGUGAUGAAUGAGAUUUCAGUGAAUAUGGAGCAGAUACUGAAGCAGAAGGGUUUGGCGCAACAUGCAAAACUUUCAUGGAGAACCCAGUCCAAUGGGAAUGUCUUUCAAAAGAAGGACCAGAUGAGUGAGGCCACUAAACAGACUUGCGUUUGAAAACUGAGGAAAUAAACAUUUACAGUACCACAUAAUAACUAACUGAACAUGUAUGUAUAACUUGAUUCUUUACCUUUUAGUCGUUUACAGCGCAAAUGCAGAAUUAGUAGUAGAUGAAGUCUAUUUCUAUCGUUACUCUGCAUUUAUACAUUCCUGUUUUCUCAUAAUUAUUUAGGGAUGUUGCAUUUUAAGUUAUUUGGACGUGUUUAUUUAAUGUUGGAUUUAGGGUUUUUGUAUUUAAUAAUAGCUCAUCUUUUGUAUUGAGAAAUUAAACGCAGUUGUAUCAAU